ACCCACUCUUUUCUCUUUGCUCCGUGGCAUUUUGUAACACAACCUACCUACUGCUGCUAGUUUAACACAAAAUGCGACAGCUGUAAUGAGGGGCAGGAAUGGACAAAGCCGGGAUUAGGUUUAAACGGAAUCUUUGAAGUGAAGAAGUCGGAUAAAUGUUCAACAGAAACUUACUGACUGAAGGAAACUGUAGAUAGCAGCUGAUCAUUUUGUGGAUUUACACAGGACCUAUGUGUGGAAAUACUGAUGCAUUGGAGCCAAAGAACAAGAUCUCUUUAUUCCAAAAUGACCUACACACCCAUGUCUCUAAGAUGAUGUACAGAAACCUGUUUUAAGUAAUGUGAGCAGUCCAGGGCGAAGGGAAUGCAGGCUUGUCAGCUAUAGCUUUUAUGAGAACGUGAUGCCCAGGCGGGGGUUGCCACUCCAGGGUCGGGUCCGCUGGCUCUUCCUGGGUCUUUUUCUGCUGCUGGUGUUGCUGCUGUUUGCAUACCUGCUGGAGUGCACUCCACCAGCAGACGUCAGCCUGAUCUUACCAGGCCCUGUAGGGGAGACCUAUGGAAAAGAAUACUACCAGGCCCUGCUCCAGGAACAGGAGGAGCGCCACCUGAACCGUGCUGCCAGUCUGAAGCGGCAAAUUGCCCAGCUUAAGCAGGAAUUACAGGAAAUGAGCGAGAAGUUGAAAGUUCUCCAAGAGAAAAAAGAACUUCCAGGAGUUCCGGGUCUGGCCGAUAAAGACCAAGAGCCUGGAGAUUUGCUGGAGUACUUGCAUUCUCAGAUCGACAAGGCUGAGGUCAACACUGGAGCUCGACUUCCAAGCGAGUAUGCCUUGGUGCCGUUUGAGAGCUUUACUUCUUCCAAGGUGUACCAGCUGGAAAUGGGGCUGACGCGGCACCCAGAGGAGAAACCAGUCCGCAAGGACCGCAGGGAUGAGCUGGUGGAGGUCAUUGAGGCCGCACUAGACAUCAUCAACAACCCUGACGAGGAGGAUGGUGUGGAGGAUGAUGUGCCGAUGCAGAGGCAAACCUACACAGAUGGUCACUUUACUGAAGGGCUGUACCGGACAGAGCGAGACAAAGGGACACUUUACGAGCUCUUCUUUGCCAAAGAGGAUUCCAGCAGUUUUCGCCACGUCACACUCUUCAGGCCUUUUGGCCCCUUAAUGAAAGUCAGGAGCACAUCUGUGGAAACAUCAGGAAUGAUUAUAAACAUCAUUGUGCCACUAGCGGGCAGAGUAGAAACUUUCUCACAGUUCUUGCAAAACUUCAGGGAGGUGUGCAUACAGCAUGACAGAAGGGUACAUCUCACGGUGGUUUAUUUUGGGCAGGAAGGUCUACAGGAGGUGACGUCAUCUCUGGAAAAAAUGUCGAGGGAGGAGAGCUUCUCCAACUACACUCUCAUCCCUGUUGACGAGGAGUUUUCCCGGGGUCGAGGUUUGGAUAUCGGAGCUCACGCAUGGAAGAAAGGCGACGUCUUAAUGUUUUUUUGUGAUGUGGACAUCCAUUUUACACUCGAGUUCCUUAACACCUGUCGUCUCCACGCUGCUCCAAACAAGAAAGUCUUCUAUCCUGUCGUGUUUAGUUUGUACAAUCCUGCCAUUGUCUACGGAAAUUUGGAGCUGGCUCCACCUGUUGAACUCCAGCUGAUUCAUAAAAAGGAUGCUGGAUUCUGGAGAGACUUUGGAUUUGGAAUGACAUGCCAGUAUCGCUCCGACUUUCUAAAUAUCGGUGGUUUUGAUCUUGAAGUCAAAGGUUGGGGGGUGGAAGACGUCCACUUGUACAGGAAGUAUCUGCGGAGUGACAUGAUAGUGAUCCGCACGCCGGUGUCGGGUCUGUUCCACCUGUGGCACGAGAAGCAGUGCGCGGACGAGCUGACGCCGGAGCAGUACCGCAUGUGCAUCCAGUCCAAAGCGAUGAACGAGGCCUCCCACUCUCACCUGGGGAUGCUGGUUUUCCGCGAGGAGAUCGAGGCUCACCUACGCAAGCAGGCCUUCAAGACACAGAGCAAAACAGAGGACUGAGCGAGCCUCUCCGUACCCAGCAUCAUUUCUACAUUAAGACUGCAUGGUGCUGAUAUCAUUAAGGCACUACAGCGAAGACAUGUUUACACGGAUCCUUCUGCAUUUCACCGCACAGCUGUAGACAAAUGAAUGUACAAAAAUGAACGUUAGUCAAUGUGAAAGUUCACAACGUGGCAUGAGUCUUACUGAAGAGCUGACGCAUAAUUAGCAAUACUUAACUUGCUGAGGGAAGAACGACAGGUACGUAUCUCGUGGAUUUAGGUUGACAAUAUGUUACAUGAAAUCAAAUCAAUAGGCAUGCGCUUUCUAACUUUAAACUCGACAACUUCUCAUUAAGCCAUCCUGCCUGCUUCAAACACAGCACCUGACCUGCAGCAAGCCUCUUUAGCACCUUUUACAGCCAAAUAUGACUUCAGAAAGAUUUCAGCUCAUUCAGAUGAUUUCUGGCAGCUGUUGCGUGUUUGGACAGGCUUUUUAAAUCAAACUAAAGACACAUUAAAGGAUAACAAGUUGUAUAAUUUAUUGACAACUGUAAAGACGUUGCACUUUCUCAUAGUGAACAAAAGAAGCCAAAAGUUUCAGCUGAUCCUC